AUGUCCAGCAUCAAGACCAUCGCCUUCUUCGGCGCCUCAGGUGGUUGCGGCAUGGCAGCGCUGAAGCACAGUCUCGAGGCCGGCUAUGUCUGCAUCGCCCUCUGCCGCAACCCAACAAAGAUGACCGACGUCCUCCCCGAAGCCCAGAACCCGAACCUGGUCGUGAAGAAGGGCAACGCCCACAGCGUCGACGACGUGGCCGCCUGCCUCGUCAACCCAACCGACCCGACCCGCCUGGUCGACAUCGUGAGCUUCAGCAUCGGAAGCCCGCUCAACCUGGCCAAGAUGACGGUCGAGGACCCGGACGUGUGCAAGAACGGCGCCGCGGCGCUCCUCGGCGCGCUUGAGAAGCUCCGCGCCCAGGGUGUCAACGGCAAGCCGAGGCUGGCGAUUAUUUCGACGACGGGUAUCUCGGACCAUGCGCGUGACGUGCCGCUGAUGCAGGUGCCCAUGUACCACGUCCUCCUCAAGCAGCCGCACGCCGACAAGAGGGUCAUGGAGCAGAGGAUUGUGGCGAGCGACGAGAUUUUUACCUUUAUCCGCCCCGCGUUCUUGUCUGAUGGUGCGCAGCCUGAGAAGCGGAUCCGGACGGGUAUUGAAGAUCCCAAGACGGGCGUCCAGACCAAGGCUAUCGGGUACGGUAUCUCGAGGGAGGACGUUGGACGGUGGAUCUUUGAGGAGAUUUUUAAGUCGGGUGGCCCGAAUUACCUGAGGAAGGCUGUCACCAUCACCUGGUAA